GAUAUGGACCAUAGAACUUUAUCUUAAAAAUAUAUAUAUAUUUUAAUGAAAGUUUUACAUCUUCUAUAAAACACUACCACAAACUUCUAUAGAGCUUGAGAAAUGUAUUCAAGCCCAGUCUAGGUGGAGCAUUCUGCCAUAAGAGAGCUCUUUUUGCGAGAGACAGCGUAACUUGAACGUGUGGCAGUCGGGCAUGUACUUCGUUCAUUAGUCUCUGGCAACCAUUUCGCCACCAGUCCAUUUAUUUUGAGUCUCUUCUUUUACUAAAAAGCUGAAAGUCCCAGUUCCCAAGACACAACCAGAAGGAGAAAAAAAGAAAAAGAAAAAGUCAUGGAAAAUGGAAGUUUGAACCAUGGAGUUCCAGAUGCGGCUUCAACAACCAUCUCCAUUAAAGGUAUUCUUGGGUUGUUGAUGGAAACCAUCGAUGAAAGUGAUACGAGAAAGCUGAUUUCACUGGGUAUUGGUGACCCCACUGCUUAUUCAUGUUUUCACACACCCAAAGUUGCUGAAUGUGCUGCUGUUGAUUCUCUUCAAUCUGAAAAGUUCAACGGUUAUGCUCCUACGGUUGGUCUUCCUCAAACAAGGAGAGCAAUUGCUGAGUAUUUGUCUCGUGAUCUUCCAUACAAUUUAACUUCUGAUGAUGUUUUUAUCACAUCUGGUUGCACACAAGCUAUUGAUGUUGCAUUGACAAUGCUCGCUCGUCCUGGUGCAAACAUUUUGCUUCCAAGGCCAGGCUUUCCCAUUUAUGAACUUUGUGCUGCUUUUAGACAUAUUGAAGUUCGGCAUUUUGAUCUCCUCCCUGAGAAAGGCUGGGAGGUUGAUCUUGAUGCCAUUGAUGCUCUUACUGAUCAAAAUACAGUUGCAAUGGUAAUUAUAAACCCUGGUAAUCCCUGUGGAAACGUUUACAGUUAUCAGCAUUUGGAGAAGAUUGCGGAAACUGCAAAGAAGCUUAGAAUUCUUGUAAUUGCUGAUGAAGUUUAUGGGCAUCUUGCUUUUGGGGGUAAUCCAUUUGUGCCUAUGGGAGUUUUUGGAUCCAUUGUUCCUAUUCUUACUCUUGGUUCUCUAUCAAAGAGAUGGAUUGUGCCGGGUUGGCGACUUGGUUGGUUUGUGACAAGUGAUCCAAGUGGCAUGUUCAGAAAACCCAAGAUAAUUGAGCGUUUCAAGAAAUAUUUUGAUAUUUUGGGGGGUCCAGCAACCUUCAUUCAGGCAGCGGUUCCUCAAAUCCUUGAGCAGACAGAAGAAGUUUUCUUCAAAAAAACUAAUUAUUUGCUGAGGCAGACAUCGGAACUUUGUUGUGCUAUAAUAAAAGAGAUCCCUUGCAUUACCUGUCCACACAGGCCGGAGGGAUCUAUGGCUGUAAUGGUGAAGCUUAAUCUCUCAUUACUGGAAGAUAUUAGUGAUGACAUUGAUUUUUGUUUCAAGCUGGCCAAAGAGGAAUCCGUGAUCAUUCUUCCAGGGAUUUUCUUUUGCAGGGACAGCAGUGGGGCUAAAGAAUUGGCUUCGCAUUACUUUUGCUGUUGAUCCAUCAUCUCUGGAAGAAGCAUUGAAAAGGGUGCAAUCUUUCUAUCAAAGGCAUGCCAAAUCCAAAACCGUUAUAGAUAAUAUAUAAAUAUACACAAACAAUCUGAUCAGCUGGUCUAAAACUGUCUUGGAAUCUUGAUGAAAGAUAAAAAUAAUCUUCUUCAACAUCUAUAUAUAUAAGUUUGUAAUUUUAUGUGGAAAAUAUCUAUUCAGAAAAACCUCAGGAAAACUACAGAUUCACUGUAUU